UCCAUUCGUCAACUACUUAAAUUUUAUCUCCCCAGUGGAUCAUUCGAAGACGAAGUAUCCUGUCAAAAUUGUUGUGGAAGUUUCUUCGAAAAUGGAGUCGAGCGUGUGAGCCUCCAGCCAUUAUGCAAUAAUUUAUAACGAUAACUCUCCCGUCACUGUCAUAUCAUUCUGAUCCCCGUAGUGAGAUGACUGUGACCAGGCAUUACUCCAUCGCAAUUGGGCAAAUGCAAGCUUCAUUAAUUCAAAAUGACGACUUAAUUUUGCUCUGUUUUAUCAUAUUCCUUUCAGAAAGAGCUGGUGAGGAUGGGCAAGAACAGUUUGUCAGAGAAAUUUCGUUUAUGCAGCGAGUUGGUACUCACAAGAAUGUACUAAGCAUGAUUGGCUUCUGGAACAGAUCAGAACCCAUCAUGCUAAUCCUGGAAUAUGUUCCACAUGGAGAUCUUCUUCAAUGGCUGAGGAACAAAAGACAACAAGUGAAAUGCAAAAACGGCAUUGAUGGUGUAAUUUUUGAAUCCAUGGACGAAUUAUCAGACAGUACUGCGAGUUCAAAUGAAGCUGCCUCAUCUGAUAAGUCAGAGGACGAAGGCUUUCACGAUACUGAAGAGAAACUCACGACUGUCCAGGAAUUCGAGGAAGUUACCGAAAAACAAGACUUCAUUGUCAUGUCAGACAGUUUAGUCACUUUGGAAGAACUGACAUUUAGAGAUGAGAAAAGGAACGAUACUGAAGUACUUCCAAUCAGAAUUCCGCAAACUGAUUUUCAUCUAAGGCUCCAAGGAGAGAAAAUAACACAGAGCCAACAGUCCGAUAAACUCGGUCAACUGAGUCACAUGGAUGUGACGUUGCCCACUGCAAGUGCAAAUACUAGUUUGGGAGAUUCUACCGCUGAUUUUCGGCUUAGUAGUGGAAGCGGAGACAACUUGAACAGCAAGAUGGCAGAAAAUGAGGACAGAAAUGAAGACAAUGGGAAAGAGGGAGUGAAUUCAUCGAUUGAUGAAGAGGCAGCUAUCAGCAUUUCAUUUAAAAGUGCACGUUCCUUGCCGCAGCCCCAGGAGAACAUGGAGCGACAACAAGGAACAGACGGUGAUGGCGCGCAGGCAGUUGACUUCACCGUUGAAGAUGUACUUUGUUUUGCAUGGCAGAUAGCAAAGGGAAUGAAGUACUUGGCUGGUAAGGGAUUUGUUCAUCGGGAUCUGGCCGCGCGUAACAUUCUUCUUGGUGAAGACAGAGCUGUGAAGAUUGCUGACUUUGGCCUACUACGUCACACAUAUGGGGACAUAUAUGAAUUAAAGAACACGAAGAAACUGCCAAUCAAAUGGAUGUCACUUGAGUCACUAGUCAGCGGCAAAUACACUUCUAAAAGCGAUGUGUGGUCUUUUGGUGUACUUUUGUGGGAAUUGUGCACAAUGGGUCACAUCCCAUACCCUGGAAUAAGUAAUAGAGAGCUGUUCAAACUUCUUAAGUCAGGAUACCGAAUGGACAAACCAGCCAUUUGCUCUGAUGCGCUAUACGAGUUGAUGUUAGACUGUUGGAGGGCAGACCCUGAGGAGAGGCCAUCAUUUGAACAGCUGGUAACAAGAAUGGAACAAAUGAUGACGAGGGACGCUCCUUAUUGGGAUCUGAAUGAGGAAUAUGAAAGUGAUGCCUCUAACACUGAGACGAAACCCGAAAGUGAUCAACUACAUGUGUGAUUUUUUCAGCCCUCU